ACACGCGUUGCCACGGAAACAAACGUAAACGUGAGGUAAAAGAGCGGACAGUUGGGUGAAGUUUACCCGAGACAGCUUAGGAACUGACAUUGACUAUAUCCACAACAAGUGGACACGUCCUGCUCGCCACUGCUGAGUUUAGAAAAAAGAAAACAACAAGGAUGGGAGAUACAGAGGCAACUCAAAUGGAAGGUGGAUAUGCAGAAAUAACGUAUGUUAAAAAAGGAGUUGAUGCAACGGUGGAAGAUGGAGCUCAAGAGAACAAAGAAAAUGACAACAACCAGUCAGGACCACGGAUGACCAAGAGAUUCCUCAAAGACCUCUGUAAGCAGCACAAAUUAUACACAACUCCUUGCCUCAACGACACACUGUAUCUGCAUUUCAAGGGCUUCUCCGCCAUUGAGAACCUGGAGGAGUACACGGGUCUGAAGUGUCUGUGGCUGGAAAGCAAUGGGCUUCAGCGCAUUGAGAACCUGGAUGCCCAGACCGACCUGCGCUGCUUGUUCCUUCACCAGAACCUCAUAUACAAGCUGGAGAACCUUGAACAUUUGAAGCAACUCUGCACCUUGAAUGUCUCCAACAACUAUAUCAACAAAGUAGAGAACAUCUCCUGCCUUCCUCACCUGACGGACCUGCAGAUUGCCCAUAACAAGUUGGAAACUGUGGUGGACAUAGAGCACCUCAGUCAGUGUUUGGCAAUCAGUGUGCUGGAUAUGUCUCACAACCAGUUAAAAGACCCCGAGAUCCUCCCUGUACUUGAGGCCAUGCCAGGGCUGCGAGUGUUGAAUCUAAUGGGCAAUGAGGUGGUGAAAAAAAUCCCAAACUACAGGAAGACUAUGAUUGUGAACCUCAAGCAGCUCACCUACCUCGACGAUCACCCUGUGUUUCCCAAAGACAGGGCAUGUGCUGAAGCAUGGGCAGCCGGAGGGCUGGAGGGGGAGCGUAGAGAAAGAGUGCAAUGGGAAACACGGGAGAGGAGGAAAAUUCAAGACAGCUUGGACGGCAUGGCAAUGAUUCGUAAAAGAGCUCAGGAGAGACUGCGCCUACAAGAGCCACAGGAGAAAGGGGAUUCUGAGGUCCUCAACACUCCCUGUGAGGAAAACGGCACCCAGGUUUUCACUUCAUCACAAGAGAAGAUCCAAGCCUUCGUGCAGGACAGCCUGGAUGCACAUGAAGAGUUCUUGCAGAGUCAAGAAGCACAGAAAUGCAAGCCACAAAGUGAACAUGCAGAGGCAGAGCAGCCAAGGGAUGGGUUGCAGGGAGAGCAAUUAGAGAAAGGUGAUCAGACCGAAUUACAGAUGAAGCGGCCAGUGAGAGAAGAGAAAGAAGGACUGAAUCCAGAGAAGUCAGCAAAAGAGCAAGAGAGUAGUGCAGAGAAUAUGUUAGAGACUGAGAAAGUAGAAGAUUACAAAAAACUAAAUCCGUCACAUGUAAUUCAACUCCUGAUAAAAGAAGCAGAAAAAGAGCAGGUGAACGUGAGUGAGCUGCAUGAGACGAAACAGCCUCCACCGGUCAGGGCAGCUCCUCCUGAAGCAGAUGAGGUCGUACCCACAUAUGGUCCGGGACCGUUGGUGACAGAGCUGAGGGAUGUGAAGCAGCUGGAAACCAUCCACCUUCCACUGCUUCGCUCACUGCAUAUCGACGACCUGCCCGAUCUGGAGGAUGUGGACACAGACGACUUCACUGGAAUGUUUUUUUCGCAGCAGGUGUCCAAACCAAUGAUAGAGGUCAUAUCAGGAGGCAGUGAUGAGGAUGAGCCGACUGGAAACCAGAGUGAGAUCAUCUCCACCAGUUCAGCCGCAAGUUCAGUGUUCACCGGAAUCUCUAACAUUUCUUCAUCACUGGUGUAUCCAGGGGAUCGGGAUGGAAUAUUUGAACCAGUGGAAAAGUCAAACACAAACCAGAUUUCCUCUUCACCACACUGCCUGAUUGAGGAGUUGGAAUGAUGCUUUCAAAGUUUUAACAGCACAAUCCCACAGGGAUUUCAUUAUCUUUUUGUUUAUGUGAUUAUUAAAUUUAAAAUUGUGAAUACAAAAUAAAAUCUUACUUGAUCUGGUCA